GUAGGUGUUUCAUAACAUCAGGUCUGCAAACACAUCAAGUAGCCUACUCUUCUCUCCACUCCGGCAGUCAUGGCUCUUCUGUCCGUCCUCACGCCUGUUCUGGCGGCGGUGCUGUGCAUGGUGAUCGGCUUUAUGUUUGUCAAAUCACGACAAACGGAGACCACCUCCAAGGACGAAACUAAAAGGGACUCAAAGGCGGCCUUCAGACCGUGGGUGGACCAGGAUUUACAGGACGACACUGAAAUCACAAGAGAAGACGAUGGUGAAUGGGUGGACAGCACUGAGGAGGAGGAUCUUCAACAUGUGCCCUACUCACCACCACGUUACCCUGAGGAGAAGAUGCUGCAGAGAUCUCAGGAGUUCUACACUCUGAUGAACCAGCGGAGGUCUGUCCGAUUCAUCAGCCCAGAGCCGGUUCCACGAGAAGUCAUCGAUAAUGUCAUACGCACUGCAGGUACGGCCCCUAGUGGAGCACACACAGAGCCCUGGACGUUUGUCGUGGUGUCAGACCCAGAGACAAAACACCAGGUCAGACUGAUAGUGGAGGAAGAGGAAGAGGUCAACUACCGUCAGAGGAUGGGAGACAAGUGGGUCAAUGAUUUGGCCAAAUUAAGGACGAAUUGGAUCAAGGAGUACCUGGAUGAAGCUCCAUACCUGAUCCUCAUCUUCAAACAGACCUAUGGGAAUCUACCAAACGGCAAGAAAAAGACACACUACUACAAUGAAAUCAGUGUCUCCAUAUCCUGUGGGAUACUGUUGGCUGCAUUACAGAAUGUGGGCCUUGUUACUGUUACUUCAACGCCCCUUAACUGCGGUCCCCAGCUCAGGCUGCUCCUCAAGCGACCAGCCAAUGAGAAGCUGCUGAUGCUGCUUCCUGUUGGUUACCCUGCUUCUGAUGCCACUGUGCCUGACUUGAAACGCAAACCUCUGGAUGAUAUUAUAGUGCACAUGUGAGAGAAUCCAUCUGCAGAGAAAACAAACUGCAAAAAUCAUACUAGUAUGUUCCAAAUUUCUAUUAAUGGAUAGCCCCUUGAGAUGAACCAUCUUGUUUUCAAGGGGGUCCAACAUAAAACAUAUAUUACAACACAACCACAACCACAUACAGCAUGCAUAAGGCUCUCAAUUACCAACCAACCCACACAUCAUUCCUGUAAACCCACAGUACCCACACAAACUAAAUACCACAAAGCAUAUAAUGUAAUGCCAAUCAUAAUAACAAUAGUAAUAAUAAUAAUUAGAGAAAUGACAGUAGUAAUACUAAGUAAUGUUAUCAAUCUUAAUAUAUACAACAUGAUACAAUAUAAAAAAUGUCACUAUAUAGAAUACACCACCACUAAGAUUACAGACAGAUAGUCGUAUAAACCUUUUACAUGGGGUAUGAGUUAACUGAGCUUUAUACGAUGGGUUUUAUAUGAUGGGUCAAUGAUAGACUACAAUCAAUCAAAUAAGCAAAAUGAGCAGGCAUUUGAUGGUGAACAUCAUUGACUUAAAUAAAAGAAACUCCUUCACCAAACAAACUGAGAUCCAGAUGUUUUCUAGCACUGCUGCUGAGAAUGAAAUAGUCGGUUUUGAAUUGUUUGUAUUAGUGAUGCUUGUGUAAUCUGUUCUUAAUAACUGUGCUUGCUGAAUUGUUGCAAAAUGUCGUGUCCUUGGCCUAGUCAGACCCAUGUUAGAUUAUUGAGGCUAAUAUCAAUAUGAAUCAGAGUGUUAAAAACAAUCUAAUAAUAGCAUAUCAACUUCUUUUUAAAAGAAUUGUAACCAAGACAUGUACAGAUUUGGAUAUUUGAAAAAUAAACUUGUCUGUACUCUCUGCUGGAUUAUGUAAUGGUGUCAUUGUUUCUAAAGUUCUUCUGACAUGUCUUGUCUUUUCUGUACUUCCAUUUAUAGUGAUUUACAGGCU